UGAUCUUCACCAAGACAAUGUGCGGCAUCUUUUGUCAGUUGAGUCUGUCAUCCACUCACUUCGGGUGGGACAAAACAGUUUAUGAACAUUUGAAGAGAAGAGGGCCCGACUCAAGCCAGGAUCUAACGGUUACAGGCAGAAAUCCUUGCUAUCGGUGUUUAUUCUCUGCCCACAUUCUUCACAUGAGAGGUCUUCUUACCCCUCAGCCACUUCAAGACAACACUGGAAAUGUCCUUUUGUGGAAUGGGGAGAUUUUCGGAGGUCUGCCAGUGAUGCCAGUGGAAAACGACACUGCUGUUGUCUCUCAGUGGCUGUCGACCUGCGGCAGCCCUUCAGAGAUUCUGUCUGUCCUGUCCAGUAUGAGGGGACCAUGGGGGUUUGUUUACUACCAAAAGGCUGGAGACUACCUCUGGUUUGGCAGAGACUUCUUUGGCAGGAGGAGUUUGCUCUGGAAAUUUGAUGCAGAGGUUUUGACCCUGACUUCUGUGGCAGCUCACGCUUCUGGAGGAGAUCAGUUUACUUGGCAAGAAGUCCCAGCAGUUGGUGUGUACAGGAUUGACCUGAAGGCAGUGACAGAAGCCGGCACUGUGACGUUUGAGGUUUAUCCUUGGGCAUAUGCAGGAAAGGAUGCCAUCUUUACUUGCAUGGAAGCUAUAUUGGGGUUUGUUCCCAGCGGCUGCACGGCUGUGAUGAACCAAUCAGGACUAGUACUCAGCUCACCCGUGUGCCCUCUUAAUAUGUCCAUCCCGAAGGCAUUAAAUGAGACAGAGUCUCAUCCAAACCCCCACUCAUCUGUCAAAGAUCUGGAGCAGCUGCUUGCUAGCCAAGAGAAAAAUGAUGAGGUGAACUAUCUCAUUGAUGUUCUGAGUGAGGCAGUAAGGCGACGUGUCCAGUCUCUGCCUUUUGAGGUGCAAGACAGUGCACCUAAUAAUGACCAUGCUAGUGUUGGCAUACUUUUCUCAGGAGGUAUCGAUUCUAUGAUUCUCGCUGUUUUGGCCGACCGUCACGUCCCUGCUCAUGAACCAAUAGACCUUCUCAAUGUAGCAUUUAAACUACAGGAGCCAAAGAAGCAGAAAGAAUCUGCAAAGAAUCCCAAAAAGCACAAAAAUAAGCCCACAGAUUCUAAGACUGUUGGAGCUGGUUCCCCAACAUUCAGCCCCUUUGAUGUUCCGGACAGAAUUACUGGAAAAGCAGGUCUCAAGGAAUUAAAACACCUGAAUCCUGAGAGAAGAUGGAAUUUUGUUGAAAUCAAUGUAACGCAGGAAGAGCUGCAGAAAAUGCGACAGGGGCGCAUUUGUCAUUUGGUGCAUCCACUGGACACAGUGCUUGAUGACAGCAUUGGGUGUGCUGUGUGGUUUGCAGCAAGAGGGACGGGGUUCGUCAUGGAGGACAACGACCGGAGGCCUUUCACAUCAUCAGCAAAGGUCAUUUUGACAGGAAUUGGAGCAGAUGAGCAGCUAGCAGGUUACUCCAGACACAGAGUCCGAUUUAAGAUGUCUGGACAUGAGGGAUUGAUCGGGGAACUAGCCAUGGAGCUGGGCAGGAUCUCCUCAAGGAAUUUAGGCAGAGACGACAGAGUUAUAGGGGACCAUGGGAAGGAGGCUAGAUUUCCCUACUUGGACGAGGACGUGGUGAGCUACUUGAAUUCUCUACCUGUUUGGGUAAAGGCAGACCUGUUACUUCCUCGAGGUGUCGGGGAGAAACUACUCCUGAGACUGACAGCGAAACAGCUGGGCCUCGGCCAAUCAGCAGUCCUGCCAAAGAGAGCCAUGCAGUUUGGCUCCCGCAUCGCAAAGAUGGAGGAAAGCCAUGAAAAGGCUUCUGACAAAUGCACAAGACUCCUCACUGGAUAGAAAAAUCAUUGGUUUUAAUGAAUAGUAUUCAAAUAAUUUUAAUAGAAAAUAGUUAUUCUAAAAUUACAUUAUAAAAUUAAUAUUUACAGCCACAGUUCUUGAUUUAUUGUUACAGAUUCUUGGUCAUGAUUUCAAAUUUAAGGUGAUUUUUUUUUUUCCUUUUCUUUUUUUUUUCUUUCGGUGUUUGCUGUGGAUAAAUUUUUUUUAACAUGGCAUAAUAAAUAUGUUGUUUUUAUCCAUUUGUUUCCUCUAAACCAUGUAAGAAUUGACAUCUUGAAGUUUUUCUCUGAAGUAAACGUCACAUUCAAUGUAAGAAGGCAAGUUUCCAACAUCAAAACGCCCAGAAAUCUGAUGAACGUAUACUGGCUUCCUGAAAGAAGAAGAAAAAAAACCAAACAAACAUGAUUUACUGAGAAAUACACUUACAAAUGGGAAGCUAAUACACCUUUUAAAUCUAUCCCACAAAGCAGGAUUUCUAAAUGAUUGGGAUAACUUUGCUGAGUAAAACUCAUAUUCCUGAUUCUAAAGGAUCCAUCAGAAAUUACCUUGGAAUGAGCCAAGACACAAAGUUUCCUGGGGCAUCCUUCUCUUCAAUAGGAGCUUCCUAUGGAAAUAUAAAGGUGUGCAUAGUAGAGAAAUUAAAACACACAACUCCCUCUUUUUCUCACGUCACAUG